AUGACUUGGGGGUACGACUCGACUGUCGUGAAAGGCGUCGCUACCCCAGUUGACAAGAGCAACAUCUUUGCCCACGCGAGAGACUUGCUUUACGCUCUCGAUCGCGAGAGGCCACCUGGCCGUCCGCUGAUCUUCGUCACGCAUUCUCUCGGCGGCAUUGUUGUCAAGGAGAUGCUCCGUCGCUCCGAGACCUCGGAGGAGAAAUCGGUUCAGGAUAUCGUCGAGUCCACGCAAGCUGUCGUCUUUCUCGGCACUCCGCAUCGAAGAAGUGCUGAGCUGGCGGCGCUGGGCGAUGUGUGGCGGCACUACAACUUUCGCGUGAAGACGUUCCAGGAGGCAUUGGGCUUCAGCGGUGUUGACAUCGGCCCACUCAACGAAAAGGUUGUUCCAGACAGUUCCUCAUCACUUGACGACCUUCGGGAACAUGCAGAGACGAUUCAUGCCAACCAUAUGAACAUAGUCCGGUUUACAGACGAAAGUGACCCUGGAUAUCGCAAGGUCGGCGGAGAGAUCAAACGAUUGGUUGGGUUUGUCGUUGCACGAAGCAAAUACACCAACGAAGAAAUCACCGGGUGUAUGCAAUCGCUCUCAUUCCGUGAUCUCGGUGCUCGUCAGCACUACAUAAAAGACGCCUGCGAAAACACCUGCAACUGGCUCUUUGAUACGUCCACUUAUCGUAUCUGGUACCGCCGACAACCUCUCUCCGAUCAUUGCGGAUUGUUCUGGCUCAGAGGCAAGCCCGGUUCGGGAAGUCGACCCUGA